GAUUGUCCUCGUCGGCCACCGUAUGAUGUCGUGGCGUUCACUAUCUUGUCAUAGAUACUCGAUUAUCGUGAGCUGUUGUUUCCAGCUGUUUAGUCUAAAUUAGUUUACUGACACGUUACAUAAAACACCGGACAGUGUUACCGUCAGUGGUUCAAGAUGAGGCGCGCCGGUUUGGGUGAAGGACCCCCUGGGAACUAUGUAGCAAGUGGCUACAGUGUGUAUGAAGAAGAAAAUGAACACCUACAGGAAGGACUGAGGGCUAAAGUCAGCGCUUUGAAAAGUCUGUCUAUCGACAUUGGAACAGAAGUCAAGUACCAGAAUAAAAUGCUGGACGAUAUGGACACAGACUUUGAUUCAACAGGCGGCCUGCUUGGUGCCACGAUCGGCAGAGUCAAGCAGCUUUCCAGAGGCAGUCAGACCAAACUGCUGUGCUACAUGCUGCUCUUCUGCCUUUUCGUCUUCUUCGUCCUGUACUGGUUCAUCAAGCUGAGGUGAUAGGGACCCCGUUGGACUUGACUUCUUAACGCCACAUCCCCAGUCUGCGCAAUGCUGAUGAGGAAAGGCAGGGAUUUUUUUUUCUCAGCUUUACAUGUGCCCGUGUCUCUUGAGUAUUUCAAAAUUCCAAAAUGUACUCUUGAAAGUACUCGUGAUGGAACCCCCCCCCCAAAAAAAAUAAAAGGGGGGGUCUGAGAUGAAUAAUGUGAAGUAGGAAUCAUGUAUGUAUAGCUGAAGUAGUCACUACCAGUAUGUAUGUAUUUGCUAUGAAGAUAUUUCCCUGGUUGAGAGAUAACACUGAACAUGUAACAACUGUAUAACAUACUGUGUCAAAAGCCUUACUGCAGUCAUGGGCACAUUAAACAUGAUGAGAUGGCAAAUCUGUCCAUAAAGCCCCAGUUGUGUUACAAGUGAUUUAAAUUAUAGAAUGCUCCUUGAAGCAAAUAAUCUAGUGCAUUUGCUUUUAAGAAUAAAUACAUAUAUUUGGCAUCCAUACAAAAAUUGAUAGCAGUAUUAUUCAUUGUUUUAUGUUGUUGUAAAAAAUACUUUUUUAAUGUAAAUAAACACAUUUUAUGCUCUGAA